AUGAAGGAGUCCAACAGAGCCGUCGAACUAUCGGCCAUCGUCAAAGAAGUCGAGAGCACGAGUGAAUCAGCUAAACCGGAAAUCAUUCCUGAACAGAUUGCUGCCAAUGAGCCUGUGAUUGAAACUGAGCCUGCAGAUGCGACUCUUUUAAUCGCGUCGGUGGAAAAUAAGUCAACUGUAAACGAGCCUGCAGAUUCCGAGAAGCCAUCGGAGACGGUCACCGCAGUUGAGAGCAUCAGAGAGGGCGGCCACCUGGAUUCAGUUCUUGAACAGAGUCCUGUUCAUGAGACGAAGACUGAAGCGAGUACUGCAAUCGAAGCUUCUCCAACAGCAGCGACAGCAGUGCCACCAGUCGUGAAAACAACAAAUAAUGCGAUCGAGCCACCAGUCACAUCAGAUGCUGCUCAGAACGAGAUCGGAGUGGAAAAACAGGAUCGGGUUGCAGAAGACGGUGCAAAUGAAAUUCUUGGGGCUGAAACAGGGAUACGUUCGGCAGAUCCUCAGACGACAGAAAUCGAAGAGCAGGUUCCUCAAGGGGGCAUUGCGUUGCCGGAAGGAAAUAGUACUACGAUACCAACCGCAACAGAAUCCCCAUUGCCAUCCGGCGUGGAGAGCCCUGACGGGGUGAAAAAGGCGAGUGUUUCUAGUAUUUUAACCCGGACGGAUGCGGAAACACAGGAAGGAAUGUCAUCUGCAGAAGUCAUGACGGAUGCGAAAACACAGGAAGGAAUGUCAUCUGCAGAAGUCAUGACUGAGAAAGCAUUGCAGUUAGAUUCUCAAGCCACUCCUGACCCAAGUCCGACGUCUCAACCGUUGGAACCCGUUGAGAUAUCGCAAGGCGCGACUCAACUUUCGAAAGAUGCCUUACGUUCGGACGUUGAAACGCAAGAACCACCAGCGGUAGAAGUAUCAGAAGAUCCGGGAAGCGCUCUGCGAGUCCCUGGAGGACAAGCAGUACAUCAGGAUAGCGGCACCACUGUUGAAUCACUGCCGCAACCGGCAAGCUCCGAGCCCAAGGUGAAGGAGGAGAACACUGUUGGAGUUGAGUCUGCUGUGACAGUACGUUCUGCUCCAGUGAAGACGGAAAUAUCUCAAAAUGCCGCGUCUCCGCAACAAGCAGGAUCUUCACCGAUUGUCAAUGCACCUCUGCAGGGUACUAGUUUGCCAAACACGCAGAAUGUUGAUAUCGAGAAACUGGUCUCAGACUCGGAGGCGAAAGUACCAUCUGAACAGUUGCAGCCUACCGAGAGAACGCGAAGUAAUCAGCCCAGUUCCCCGACUUUGCGGCGGUUAGCGGGUCCUGUUCACUCCCCAGUUCCGUCUCAAACGCCGAUAAUUGCACCGGCCGCUCCUGUGGUGCGUCGUCUGGCCGGCCCUGUCCAUGCCGCCGUACCAGUUACACCUCCUAUUCCAGUUCCUGUGCAGAAGCCUGAAAUUCAGCCAGAAACAACGGCACCAGUGCAAAGCACGGGUGUAGCCCCAGUGCAAACACCAGUUGUGAAUGGAGAUACAGCUCCGCAAUUUCCACGAGUCGCAUCGACAGUAUCCAACGCUGGUGCGUCUAUUCGGUCGGGGUUUUCGGCAGUCAGUGAACGUCUCGUAAGGCUAACGUCCAAGAAGCAACAGAAGGAUCCUAUCCAGUCUCCACAAAACGUUCCUGAGGCAUCUAGUGCACCGGCACCAGUUGCCGUUCCAAAGGCAGCCGAGGGAUCGCAGGGAAUUGGAGCGCCAGCUGCAGUUGGUGAAAGUCAAGCGGCUAGCGAUGUUCCUUCCCCGUUAAGACGGACCAGUCUCUCAGCCGUGACGGAACGUUUAGGCAAGCUCAGGCAUCGACGUGGACAUGGCGAGUCGGUACAUUCAGCUCAAGCUGCAGUGGUCAUGCCUGUGGCACAGCCGCAAGCCGACCGAGAUUUCGAAGCUGCGCAAGAAACGUUGGAACCUCAAGCCACUCCUUCCGUCCCACUUGCCCCGGCCGCACAAGCAGCGGAGAAUGCUACAUCUGCAACUGCUGAAGCGUCCGAGGCUGUUCCGCAAGGGGCACGUUCAGGAUUGCUCACAGCUGCUUCGCUUCGUUCCAGCUUUACAAGCGUGAGCGGACGUUUAUCAAAGCUGAAGCUCAAGAAAGCGGGGACGCAAGCUUCCAAACCAGCAGAAAAGCAGAACGGAGCGCCAUCCGUACCAGCCUCUGCGCCCCAAACCGACGAACAUGUGGGACCUGUUCCUACUGGUGGAGCGCCAACACCAGUGGUUGCUCCGACGGCACCUUAUGCUCCCACACCGCAAGUUGCCCCAGCCCCGCGAGUUGCUCCGACCUCAUCUGCUGUUCCCACACCGCAAGUUGUUCCAACCCCGCAGGUGGCUCCCACCUCACAGGUUGCUCCGGCCCCAACGGUCGCUCCAACGCCGCAGACAGUUCCGAUGCCGCCGCUUAUCCCAAUACCACAAGUUGCUACUGGAACGCCCGCUACGCCCCAAGUACGUCAAGAUGAUUCCUGGAUCUCUGGACAGGGUCAAGCUAGUACAGGUGAUAAUCCUGUGUCUCCGCGGUUGGCACUUGCUGCGAUAGGCAGUCGGUUUGCGAAGUUGAAGCACAAGAUAACAGCACACGAGCCCCACCGCGCCUCUGAUGACACAACGCCACAUGUGUGAGCGGGUGCUGAGAGCGGGUGCUGAAGACGACCACGCAUGAGGUGGACGUUUUGGAAUCAUGCAGUUAAAUAGAAUGAAUUGCGGCUUGAAGUAGAUUUCCCUCGUUUACGUCAGGAAGGUGAUAGAGGUACAUCACUUUUCGGGAUGUUCCAUACAGAAGAUGUCAUCACAAUCUCUAUUAGAGAAUGACCAAAUUCUUGUAAAGCUGUUUCAGGAUUAUUGCAA